AUGGACAACGACAACAUCUACAUCUCCAUCUCCACCCUCUUCCAUCAACACAGAACCUACUUCCUACACACCACCUCCAUCCUCUUUCUCACCCUGCUCCUCCCCAAAAUCCUCAAUCUCCCACACUUCUAUCGCACAACGAUCUUCCUCUGCAUCUCCACCUUCAUCCUUUUCUCCGCAGUAAAGCGGUACUCCUCGAACCUACCCCCAGAAGAAGAAGAUACGACGUCGCCGACGUUUGAGCGCGUCCAGGCAGCUGGUAAAGCGAAACCUACGAGCGCAGUCGUGUGGGCUAAGAGUCAGGUUUGGAAGCGGGAUGCGCAGGGUGGACAGAGGAAGGGUGGUGGGAAGAGAGAGAGGGGUGAGGAGAUGGGGUGGUGA